AUGGUGACAAACGCUGGCGACAUGCACAAAGACGUCUCAGAGACCAAGUCCGAGGGGCUAGACGUCAACUGCAUGUCCAAAGAGGACUUUGCUGCUGGCGAAAUCACAGAUCUGGACGAGGCAGAAAUCUUCCUGCGCGACAACAACUUUUCACCGGGCUACAUCAAAGAACUGCUUGCAGACAAGAAACAGAACAGACGCCUGGUGCGCCGCGUUGACUUGAUCUUGCUCCCAUUGCUGGCUGGCACCUAUGUCCUCCAGUAUAUCGACAAACAGGCCCUUUCGUACUCGGCUGUGUUCGACCUUUUCACCGACACAGGCACCACUCAGUACGAAUACAGUUGGCUGGCGAGCAUCUUUUACUUCGCAUACCUCGCCGCCGAGUAUCCUUUCACAUACUUGGCACAAAAGACGCGCAUGGCAAAAGUGAUUGGAUGCUGCGUGAUCUCAUGGGGCUCGAUUCUAAUGAUCACUGCCGCUUGCCAGAACUUUGCCGGGCUUGCCACCUGCCGGUUCCUGCUCGGCGUCUUUGAAGCUCCCAUCACCCCAUGCUUCAUGAUGAUCAUCGGCAUGUGGUACACUCGACAAGAACAACCCUUCCGUGCCGGCGUCUUCUACUGCUGCAAUGGCGUAGGGUCCAUGCUGGGCGGGAUUUUCACCUACGCGAUCGGUCAGAUCGACACUUUCCCAGUUUGGAGAGCAGUGUUCCUCAUCUGCGGUGGCAUCACGGUGCUCUGGGGCAUCCUGAUCGUCAUCCUCCUGCCUGACACCAUCCUAUCGGCGAAAAAAUUUAGUCUAGAGGACAAAGCCAUGCUGGUUGCUCGCGGCAAGCUCGGCAGAACGGGCAUCCUCAACAAACACGUCAAGUGGUACCAGAUCAAGGAGGCCCUCCUGGACCCGCAAGUCAUGCUGCUCGCGCUCUUCAUGCUUCUCAACGAGGUCAUGAACGGAGGCAUCGCCAACUUCGGCAAGCUGAUUCUCAAGGGCCUCGUCCACAGUCCCCUGCUGACCACUGCUCUGGGGAUCCCUCAGGGCGCGUUCCAAGUCUUCUGGAUCCUGUCAGGCACCUACCUGGCCUCCAGAGUGCCCAACUUCCGAACCAUCUCCAUGGCCCUCUACAUGAUCCCAACCAUCGUGGGCAUCUGCAUCAUCUGGAAACUGGACCGCCAAGAGCACGAGAUCGGCGUGCUGUUCGGGUACUACAUUGUCGCAUCCUUCGUCACGUCCCUGGUCGUGGCGUUGCAGAUGCCCGGCGCCAACCUCGGUGGCUACACGAAGCGAGCCACCGGAACUGCCAUCGUAUUUGCCGCAUACUGCGUCGGCAACAUCAUCGGCCCGCACGCCUUCCUGGCCGAAGAGGCGCCGUUGUAUCCGACCGGCUGUAAAGUCAUCCUUGCUUGUGCAGCCGCUCAGAUCUUUGUUGCUGGCGCUUUGAGAUUGCUCUUGAUUCGCCGAAACAAGCAACGUGACGCCGCUGCCGCUGCCGCCCAUGCUUCAGGGCCGGAACAUGAUGCAACCGAGGAGAUCGCGGCUGACCUCACGGACUUUGAGAACCCUCGCUUUAGAUACGUGCUAUAA